AUGUCUCGAUACGGUUGGUCGACAAAUCGGGAGCAAAUAUCCCCCUACUCGUCCACCCUUAGUGGCGUUCCCGACGUCACGGAUGAGGACUUUAGCUACAUCACCACCGAGGACCUCCAAUCCUCCCCUAUGGGCACCUCCGUUCCUACGAGAUCAUACGCCCACAACCCCCGACGGACCAACGCCCCAGUCCCCGAAGACGAUGUCCUGCUCAUCAAGAACAAGGGCGUCACCUACCCUGCCCACUUCCCCGCCUACGCCAUCGGCGACGGCAAGCUUCGAGUGCGCGAUGUACGAGACCGUGUCGGAGUCUUGCUGGACCUGUCAGAUCGUCGCCUCCGCCGCGUGAAGCUCCUCUACAAGGGCCGCCAGUUGAAGGAGCCGGCUGCUCCUGUCCGUGACUACGGAGUUAAGAACAACAGUGAGGUCAUGGUGGUGCUGCCCGAGAGCGAUGUCGAGGCUGAAAGCAGCGACGAAUCGGAGGAAGAAAUGGUAAUCGUGGGCGGCGACGGUGCCAGUACUGUCGGAAGCACCGCCGGCACCGAUGACGGCAAGAAGAAGGGCCGGAAGUCCAAGAAAGGCCGCAAGUCGAAGAAGGGCCGGAGCAGCAACAACACCAGCCCCCGCGACAGCGCAUCAAAUCUCAAUGUACCGGCGCCGAAUGGUGGAAGGUCGCCUUCGCCUAGCAAGCAGGCCACUGGUCCUCAUGCCAAGCUCGACGCCAUUGCUACCCACUUUGACACCGAGCUGCUCCCUCUUUGCGAGAACUUUAUCGCAGCUCCGCCAUCUGACCCCAAGAAGCGCGUUGAAGAGCACCGGAAACUGUCAGAGACAACAAUGCAGCACAUCCUGUUGAAACUUGACGAAGUGGAGACGGAAGGCGACCAAGACGCCAGAGCAAAGAGGAAAGCCCUGGUUCACCACGUUCAGGAGGUGCUGAAGCGCCUAGAUGCUAAAGUAAAUUAA